AUGUUCGCCAAGUCCUUCCUUUUGGCCGCUGCGGCCCUUGCCCAGCAGGCUGCUGCCGUCUCCGUCACCGGUACCCCCGAGGGUUUCGCCUCUGGCACCACCGGCGGAGGCUCCGCGACUGCCGUCACCCCCACCACCAACGACGAGCUGGUCUCGUACCUCGGCGACUCGUCCGCUCGUGUCAUCGUCCUGACCAAGACCUUCGACUUCACCGACGAGGACGGCACCGCCACCGAGACCGGCUGCGCUCCCUGGGGAACCGCCUCCGCCUGCCAGGUCGCCAUCAACAAGGACUCGUGGUGCGACAACUACCAGUCCAGCGCCCCCUCCGUCUCUGUUACCUACAACAAGGCCGGUCUCAACCCCAUCAAGGUUGCCUCCAACAAGUCCAUCAUCGGAUCCGGCUCCAAGGGUGUCAUUGUUGGCAAGGGUCUGAGAAUCGCCGGUGCCGAGAACGUCAUCAUCCAGAACAUCAAGAUUGAGAACAUCAACCCUAAGUACGUCUGGGGUGGUGAUGCCAUCACUCUCGACACCACCGACAACGUCUGGAUCGACCACGUCACCACCUCCAAGAUCGGCCGCCAGCACCUUGUUCUCGGCACCUCUGCCUCCGGCAAGGUGACCGUCUCCAACUCCGAGUUCGAUGGCCAGAGCGACUACUCCGCCACCUGCGACGGCUACCACUACUGGGUCAACUACUUCGCCGGCUCCAGCGACACCAUCACCUACAUGAACAACUACAUCCACCACUUCUCUGGCCGUGCUCCCAAGGUCAACGGAAACUCCUUUGUUCACGCCCUGAACAACUACUGGUCCGACUCCACCGGCCACGGCUUCGAGGUCACCUCCGGCGGCUACGUCCUGGCUGAGGGCAACGUCUUCAGCAACGUCGCGACCGUCAUUGAGGCCGGCGGCGACGGUGCCACCCUUGCCAUCACCUCCUCCAACGCUGCCGACUGCUCCUCCAAGAUGGGCCGCUCUUGCCAGGCCAACAGCUUCUCCAGCUCCGGCACCUUCACCGGCACCGACACCAGCGUUCUCAACAAGUUUGGCAGCGCCGAUAUCCCCGACGCCGUUGCCGCCUCGUCCGUCUCCAGCAGCAGCGCUGGUUACGGCAGGAUCUAA